AUGACUCAAUUUGUAUUGUUUAGAUGGGCGCAUUUGCAGAUAGAACUGCUUAUCGCUCUCCAAUCUCCGGAGGCAGUAGAAGCACGACUCGGAAAGCUCCCACACGGCCUAGCCGAAGCAUACGACGAGUUAUAUGAACGGACUGAAUCUUACGACAGGAUCUAUCUACAAAGAGCUGUGAAAUGGGUCUUAUACGCGUUUGAUCCACUGUCCACAGAGCAACUUCUUUCGGCAGUUCAGCUUCGUUUAGUCGACGGCCAUGACGAUCCGGUUCUGGAUACCAGGAAUCGCCGUCUAUCGGUAGAAGCGCUCGAAAACAUCUGCCGUCAUCUCAUCGUUCGAGGCGAUCGCGACGAAUGGGCUUUUUCUCAUACAUCUGUCCAAGAAUAUUUCAGAGAAAAGAAGCACCAUAGGAAAUGGACCAACGAAGACGCUCAGAUUGAGGUGGCCAUGCUGUCACUCUUGGCACUUAUCGACACUGUCCAGUACCUAAUUGCCUCAGUGUCUCUCCGUAGUAUUGUCAGCCUUUGGCACCCGGAUUCCGAAAAAACCUUCGAAGACUACGUCGCACAGUACUGGGUGUCGCACAUCAAGUCCUUGCAGUAUCUGCCAUACGAAAUAAGAAAACCCAUCUCGAAAGUUCUCAGAAAGUUCAUGAUCUCCUCCACUGACCCUGGUGACUCUGCCGUCGAGUACCGAACAUGGUUGAAAUACGUCCGCAAACGGCAACUUUUGAUACUGGGCAAAGGCGAUUCAAGGGUCUGGGUGGACGACUUGAUGCCUACCAAAAACCCAGCAUUCGGAAUAGUCAGCUUAGGUUUAGACCUGGACGAGGAAAAAUGGGCCAAAGAUAGCCUCCAGCUUCAUCUGGGAGAUUUCAAUUACUUGGGGCUUGACACUCUCUCCCUAGCUGCGAAAUACGGAAGCGUGGGAUUCCGUCACCAGCUCAUGGAUUUAGGCAUUAGACUCAACACGGUUUCGCCCAUUGGUUCCAGUGCCUUAAACGAAGCAAUAAAAUCGAGAAACCUUAACUGCGUUGCAGAGUUCUUAGAACGUAACGCCGAUCCGAACCUCGACACAAAUAGUUGUCCGUUAUGCCAGGCGGCCCGGCAGAAAUGUCCAGAACUGGUCAGGCUACUACUAAAGUACGGUGCUCUUCCAGACGCUCUUUAUCGGGAUUGUCUGUUCUAG